AUGUCUAAGAAAGAAUUCAUGGAACAAACAUUGGAGUCUGAUACAACUACUACUAUAUUUUUUACAGAAAUAGAAUUAAAGAGAAAAUAUAAAGAUGAAUUGAUAAAGAUUGGUCAAAGAUUUGGUGUUGCUUGUUCAACAAGAGAUACAAAGGAUAUAAUCAUUCGCAAGAUUAUGGAGAAACAAAAUAACCCAUUGAAUCAAUUUAAUAGAGGGACACUAGAGUAUGCACUGCCAUGGAUAAUUAUAACAAAGAUACUGGAUUAUGUUUGGGCGUCUAGUCAAGUGUGUACAUGCUAUCAUAGUCAAGCAGCCAUUCAACAAGUUGAAGAUAUAAAAAACACACCAAAAUUAUAUGAUAACCCAGAGACUUGGUUAUACUGUCAAAGGGAAACUGCAAAAGCCCAUCUCGACAAUCCAUUUUGUCCAUUCAAAUCAUUAAAGAAUGUUUAUCUUUAUCGGAAUAGUUCCGACAGUUUGGUCGAGUUUAAAAAUGUAAUCUUUAAUAGGGUACAGAAAUUAAAACUAGGCACUCCACUUGAUACCAAACCAUUUUCCAAACUCUUUGGAAACAUUAGAUCAUUGACUAGUGGAGCAAAGUUUAUCAAACCAAACAUUUCUCCUUUCAAGAAUCUUGUAUCUAUCAAUUUUAUAAAUGGAUAUGAAGAUGUUGUUGAAAAAUCAAUCUCAACCAAUGUACAUAUAUCUCAAUCGCAACCACAAUCACUUCCUCCUCUACCAUUUCCUCUUCCUCCUCUUCUUCCAACACUUCCUUUUCAUUUGAUUGAAAAGAUUAUCAAAUAUUCAUGGAAUGGGUAUUACUGUACUUGUCAUUUCGAUAAACCAUGUGAUCCGAGAGAAUCCUCAUUAUCUUUUUUGUGUAGUGAAUACAAAAAUGUCAAAUCAAAGUGUCUAGUUCAUAGAGACGUUGUUCCCGAUUUACAAGGCCAAUCAAAUCAACCAAGUCAUAUUGCCCGAAUCAAUCAACUUCGAUUUUCCUUGACAAUGAUAUGCAAGAGAUUAUUCUCUUUUAUUUCAAAACAACUAUUUACAUCGGUUGGAUGGUGUAUCUGGACUCGAUACUGGGCCACUUUUACAGAUAGACAUUAUUCAAAUCCAUUUUGUUUAUUUGUUUCUCGUGUCUAUUCAUUGGAAUCGCUCACUUGUUUGGAUAUCUCUAUGACAGUGGUUUGGACAGGUUAA